UUGUGUUUGUUUACAUGUUUACGGAUUUUCCUGUUUCCAAUUGGAAUCGGUUACGAGUUUUAUUCCUCAAAUAAAACCCCAUCUCGAAUGUUACGGUUCUUUGCGUUAAAAGCUUUAAUGUGUUAUUUACGGAGGAUCGUGCCUGCGGUGCUUCGAAAACCAAUAUCUUACAGUAUCUACUCUAUCGGAAGCAAAACAAAACAAAAAUCGGUGGCGACAACAGUCCUUCCAGAAAUUCAAUAUCUGUUUCGGACAAUAGAAACCCAGCAGAAAAAAAAACCCCGCACGGUGUCGCGUAGCAUAGCUGCAGCAUUAGAACAUGAUGCUACACGCGCAUUAGUAGUAGCAUCCAUUUUGGCAACGUCCCAUCGGACCACUGCUGACCCAUCGGAAAUCCCAAUGCUAGAAAAAAAGGUGACACGAAGAAGCCGCGCCGAACAACCGUUCGAAUCGAUACUUAUCGUCGUCACGUUGUUAUUUAUUGCAAAUCGACGGGCGGGAAUUAUAUUUUCGGCAUUUUUCGUAGUAAUUUUUCUCGUUUUCGCACGGUCAAUUAAAUGGGACAACACAACACAACCAUUUCCGUGCUGGAGCAGCACCAGCGGCAGCCGCUAGAGUGUGUAAGGACCGAGCCAGCCAGCGCGCAAAAGGCGAAAAGCCAACGAGCUCCGUUCCUGUGCUUCGUUUCGUCGAUUCCGCGUUUUGCCGGAACACACGGUUCCGUAUGGCGGCGGCAUCGGUCUCAAAAAGGCUGCGACUUUUCCCACACUCUUGCCUCGCCAAUAUGCACGCUCGGGCAUACCGUCCCGGGCUAAAGAAGCGCGCGAACAACAAGGGGAAGAGCAAGACAGCAAGCCAAUCUUUCGGGACACUUUCAGUAACGCCGUUCGUUCGAUGAUUCGCGAAAAAUGGAAAACAUACACACACACACACACCCGCCACCAAAUCGCAGAUAAAUAGAUAGCGAAGAAGAUAGAACCCGCGGGGAGGGUUCGAUUCGCGCGAUCAAUUCGGGCGAGCACCGAUCGAAACGAAAACGAAUCACCAUCGUCCUCCUCUACGGUGGCCGGUGGUACUGUACGGAAACGGUCGAAAACGGAGAAACACAUCGUUUCGGGCAACGGUGUGCCCCAUUGUGUCACCGGGAGUGCCCUUGUCUUGUUGACCUUGUCGUGCUGCGUUCGAGUGGCCGCAGUUCCCUAUUUAACGCGCUGCAGCAAGUUGAAAGAGUUUGCCGCGCUGCAUAACGCAAACGGGGAACCAUUUUUAAUGGGCGCACCGAGCGAGGACCGAUCGCAGUGUGAGCUGGAAAAAAAGGAAAAAAGCACGAGAGAAAUGCAUCGCGAACGGUCAGGUAUUAAUUAAAAUAUGUAAAAUUUUAAUUGAUACAAACAUCGUGCUCACUCCCCCAGAAGACAACGCUUUGCAUUUGGCACCUUAAUUGGGGUUUUGAAAGAACCCAGACAGUGUGUUGAGUAAUAAGUACUUACUGGAAACGUUCCUAACCAUCGGUCCACACAUGCAGGCGAAGGAGCGCUGUGGGAUGGGUUCGCCGACGCUCCAACCAACCAGACCAACCAGCUCUACCGAGCACCGAAAUCUCAAAGGCAGCGCGCGCUCGCUCGAUGAUGAAGGCAUUCGAAAAAUGUUAUCCUGCUGCGUUUUUUCCACUCAUCGUACGCGUCACGAUUAUUGAUAUUUACAAGCGCCUUGUCGCGAUUCCGGACGAAGAACCGCGUAGAUACCGGGCGAUGGCAGCACCGGCCAUGUAACGCACUACACGCUGGAAAACGAUGGACCGACAAUCAAUCAAUAUCAUCUCUUGCCGUCCUGCCGUGGCCAGGUUGCCACAAUGAUUAAUCUAAUGUUGUCACGGAGCGCCGGCAAGAGAGAGAGAGAGAGGGAAGGCGUUCGCUGCUUACCGUUGCGUACCGACCAGCAUACCAAGCACACAUCGGAACGCGAGAUGGGCUCAGCCGGACUCUCAGUUGAGUUCUGCCGAAAAAAUUAAGAUCUCGUGCGACGGUUGUUCUAGAUCACCGUUCGAACCGUUCGAAGAAUAAGGGCGCACACGAGCGUUCCCGGCAUACCAGGCGCCAUGCUUUUCUAGCCGAGGAUGAAAUUCUCUAAAGCGUCGCAGCUUACAGCUGGCACUUCCAAACCCGUUCCGGAUCCGCGCGCCGCUAAAUCGGUUUCGAUUAAUAACCAUAAUCGAUAAUUGGUUCGAGCCUCCCGCAUCAAACUAAUGGCCGACGAUUAGAGCUGUAUGUGUUCGAUACCGGCGCCGAAACGGCAAGAAGGUAAGCGAAAAACCUGUUCAUCUCUUCAAACGCCCCGGCUUUCCACAUUCCAUAAUCCAUUUUUACCAACACCGGCAAGCAAGCGAUCGUCGCGAUUUUGAGCGCGACGAUCAUUCGGGCAUUCCCUGUCACGCUCGGUACGGCGGGCCCUGUAUUCGCCCGACAGUUCCGACGGCUCGGCAGGAUUGAUAUUUGGCAAGAUAAUUCAAAGAUUUCGGGCGGCAUCUCUUAAUCUUGCGCGCCACCACGAUAAAUAUGGGCGGAAAAGCGCAGAACGUGCGAAAGGUUCGCCGUAAUGCUGUGUGGAGUUGCGGAGGACGGAGAUGAUUUUUCAAAUAUUCUUCCACCUCCGCGCAUCCAUACUGCUGGACCGCUCCGGAUGCCCUAACGUACGUGCGAAGUAGCCAGAUGGCUUUUGCCGCUAUGGGCCGGUCCCGUUCGCGACUUACUUAAUGAUGUCAAUUAAUGGGUGAAAUAUUGCGACGAUUUUAAAAACUCGUGUCGACGCGAUGUAGUAUUAGCAGCAAUCGUUCCCCGACUACAGGGAUGUCAAUAAUAUGGCCCGAGGGAAUGUGUUUCCCACGAUAAAGGUGAGAGAUUCCGAAUGUUGCGAGCUUUGUCAGACGCUAGUUGGCUGAAGUUGGGAUGGCGACAUGAGCCACGGAAAUGAUUUGCAAUCGGCGAAAAAGGUCCCUUGGUCCUCGGUCCCUUCAAUAAAGGCACCCCGAAAUCAUAGGUUGUACAACCCUGCCAUGUAAUGCUCAGUGACAUCUGACAGGUGUCAUGUACCUGUUCGCCAACCCCCCCGCUUUUUCCAUGGCUGCGUACGUACUGUGUCGCGUCGUAUGGAACGGACGCGGUCAGAUUUGUCCGGUUUCCAUGGUAACUAUCCCAAUAGCCCGCGCAAAAUUGACCAUUCUUGAUGAUUCAAUUCAUGCAGCUCAGUCUCACUCAGAACGUCCAGCAAUUCGGUUCAUCCUGCACUAGAGCGAGGUGCGCAAGUAGCAAGUGGUGUUAAGUGGAGCAGUUUUGCAUUAAAAAAAGUACAGAAAAAUGAUUGGAAUAAAGCCACGGGAUGCCGUUAAGCCGGUAGUUAAGCAAUGUGCGACGAAGAAACGGCCACCCUUGGGAGAUAUCGACGUCAAUCGUGGUCACCAUAAAAUCCUGCCGUCCAAACAUGGACAGCACGAUGGCAAGGGAUACGGGUUGAAGGUGUUUGCCGAUGGGGAGACAUCAUCCACCAAGAAAAAAGAGAGCAUACAAAUAUCAACGAAAUUAGCAUCGACUUUAAACGAUGCUAAAAAGAAGCUGGUCGGUGGUAAAAAACCCUUCCAAUUCAUCGAUGAGUUGCGCAACGGUGCACAAUCGGUUACCAGGGAUACUUGCGUUGCGAUGAAAAAGCCACAGGCUGCUGCUGCUGUCCAGGUUGCUGAUACUGACCGGCUCGAGGAACAGCUUGCUUUGAUGUCUGUGGGGAAAAUGCACAACAAAACACGACAUCAAAUCCCUGGAACUGGUGCACAAGGUGUAGAGAGCGUUACAAAAGAAGCUUCCAAUGCACAUGCUCAUGCCAAGGAGAUGGAUUUGAAGGUGCAUCACCAUGAUGCAGACACACGUGCAACAUUGAAGAGUGUAUCCCAAACGCAAGAGCCAAAAUCAGCCACCAGCUCAAACGGUACCGGUGCAAUAAGAAAAGUUGUCCCAGAGGCGUACGAGAUGCCCACUUUCCAAUUGAACGUCCAAGCUAAAGAAUGGAAACCCAUAUCAGCCAAUGCUUCAAACGGACCGCUAACCAAUCCUAAUGGUACCGUUUCUGGUUCUACUCGCUCUAGCAGUGUAGACCGACAGCUACCAUCAUCCUGGAAUCUACAGCUUGACGACGACGCAAAUUUGACAAAGCAGCGGGGAAAAUUUUCCGGAACAUAUCGGCACCAUGACUUACCGUCCACCGUUUACCCGUGCGGUAGGAAAAUCGUCGGACGGCAGUCGACAUCGCUGGAAAGAAAGAAGCAACCCGCCAGCCGCGAUAUUAUGCGCGAGCUGGAUGAUCGCACGCAAGAAAUUGAACGUUACGAGCGAUAUAAGGAAUCGCGCCGCAAGAAAGCGAUUGAGGCGAUGCGUGUAGAGCAAGAAAGGCUCAAAUGGUCAGCUCAAGCGGCACAGCAGCAACCGCUACGCUUAGACGUACCGACCUAUGUGCAGAAUCAAUGUCAGCCUGCUGUGUUCGGUGCUGCAACAAACCAUACGUCUACCGGUACCGUUGCCGGUAUGCAUGGUUUUCGGCGCACCAACGGCAGCAUCUCUUCGCAUUCGCUUCACAGCCAAGUGCCGUUGGCUCCACCCGUUAAAUCGCCUAUCUGCAUCAUGAAGUAUCCAACACCACCCAAUAUUCCGAUACGCUACAAACCCGAACAACUGUUGGAACUGAACUACACGGCAAGAAAGGAAACUGACAAACGCGUAAAGAAGUGUCAGGACAGGGCUAGAAAGUAACGUUGCAUGAAGUUUUGCUACCAAUUUCUUAUAAUUAAUUGUAUUGAAGUGGCGCGCUCUUUAUAUGAUGAAACCGCCGCUAGUGUCGAAUUUGUAAACGAAUUUGCUUUGCCGAACGAUACGCGAGAAGGAUUGCUUUGUUUUCUGUUUGUUAUUUCAAUAAAUUAUUAUUAAACUACAGUUCACCUCUUCCUUAAU